AUGGUGCCACGUGCCAUCCUGGCGCGAGGGAGGGACGUGUGCAAGCAGAACGGACUACUCAUCCUGUCUGUGCUGUCUGUCAUCGUGGGCUGCCUCCUCGGCUUCUUCCUGAGGACUCGGCGCCUCUCACAACAGGAAAUUAGUUACUUCCAGUUCCCUGGAGAGCUCCUGAUGAGGAUGCUGAAGAUGAUGAUCCUGCCGCUGGUGAUCUCCAGCUUGAUGUCCGGCCUCGCCUCCCUGGACCCCAAGACCUCCAGCCGCCUGGGCAUCCUCACCGUGGCGUACUACCUGUGGACCACCUUCAUGGCCGUCGUCGUGGGCAUCUUCAUGGUCUCCGUCAUCCACCCCGGCAGCGCGGCCCAGAAGGAGACCGCGGAGCAGAGCGGGAAGCCCGUCAUGAGCUCGGCUGAUGCCCUGCUGGACCUCAUCCGGAACAUGUUCCCAGCUAACCUAGUAGAAGCCACAUUCAAACAGUACCGCACCAAGACCACUCCGGUUGUCAAGUCCCCCAAGGUGGCACCAGAGGAGGCCCCUCCUCGGCGGAUCCUCAUCUAUGGGGUCCAGGAGGAGAAUGGCUCUCGUGUGCAGAACUUCGCCCUGGAUCUGACCCCGCCGCCUGAGAUCAUUUACAAGUCGGAGCCGGGCACCAGCGAUGGCAUGAACGUGCUGGGCAUUGUCUUCUUCUCCGCCACCAUGGGCAUCAUGCUGGGCCGCAUGGGUGACAGCGGGGCCCCCCUGGUCAGCUUCUGCCAGUGCCUCAAUGAGUCAGUCAUGAAGAUCGUGGCCGUGGCAGUGUGGUACUUCCCCUUCGGAAUUGUAUUCCUCAUCGCCGGAAAGAUCCUGGAGAUGGAUGACCCCAGGGCCGUCGGCAAGAAGCUGGGCUUCUACUCCAUCACCGUGGUGUGCGGGCUGGUGCUCCACGGGCUCUUCAUCCUGCCCCUGCUCUACUUCCUCAUCACCAAGAAGAACCCCAUCGUCUUCAUCCGCGGCAUCCUGCAGGCCCUGCUCAUCGCACUGGCCACCUCCUCCAGGAAGAACCAAGUGGGAGCACAGUGCCCGCAGUCCUUCCCUCCUGCCAAGAUAGCACCUCGGCAGCAGCACUCCUGGCGGGGUGGCUGCGUGGGGGGUGAGCUUCCCAGCAGGGGCGCCGGCCAUCCCGGAGGAGGGUGCUGGGCAGACACCGGCCCCUCUGCCCGUAGCUCAGCCACACUGCCCAUCACCUUCAAGUGCCUGCUGGAGAAUAACCACAUCGACCGGCGCAUCGCACGCUUCGUGCUGCCCGUGGGUGCCACCAUCAACAUGGAUGGCACUGCGCUCUACGAGGCCGUGGCCGCCAUCUUCAUCGCCCAGGUCAACAACUACGAGCUGGACUUUGGCCAGAUCAUCACCAUCAGUAUCACAGCCACUGCGGCCAGCAUCGGAGCAGCCGGCAUCCCCCAGGCCGGGCUGGUCACCAUGGUCAUCGUGCUCACCUCCGUGGGACUCCCCACCGACGACAUCACCCUCAUCAUUGCAGUUGACUGGGCUCUGGACCGUUUCCGCACCAUGAUUAACGUGCUGGGUGACGCACUGGCAGCGGGGAUCAUGGCCCACAUAUGUCGGAAGGACUUUGCUCGAGACACAGGCACCGAGAAACUGCUGCCCCGAGAGACCAAGCCAGUGAGCCUCCAAGAGAUCGUGGCAGCCCAGCAGAACGGCUGCGUGAAGAGCGUGGCUGAGGCCUCGGAGCUCACCCUGGGCCCCACCUGCCCCCACCACGUCCCCGUUCAAGUGGAGCAGGACGAGGAGCCGGCCGCUGCGCGUCUGGACCACUGCACCAUCCAGAUCAGCGAGCUGGAGACCAACGUCUGAGCCUGCAGUGUGGCAGGGGUGGGCGAGGCCUCCAGGGACAGGGUCCUGAGCAGGAACUCAGCUCUCCAACCCUCCUGAGUGGCUGACAGGGGCCAGGACCACAUAUUUUUCUCACUCUUAAGAGGCUGGAAUUAACCCCACUUGAUGGAAAAUGGAGUCUCAAAGAAGGGAAAGGCAGCAUGGGGGAGCCGCAACCAGGGCACGAUGGGCCCCACUGUGACAGUUUCCCCACGUGAGCCCGGUGAGGGUGGCAGGCAGGGGUUGUCCGGCCCCACUUUCUAGAUGACAGGGUUGAGGCUCUGAGAACUGAAAACACUUGUCCAAGGUCUCACGUUAAGGUCAAGACACCAACUCAAGUCUUUCAAGCCCCACCUCUCCUCUUGGAGGACGGGGCAGCCUGCAGCUGUGUCCAGCCCCAGGCCCCACCCCAUAACAGGUGGCCUCAUCCACACCGCUCUUCCUUCGGGGAGCAGCCCAGGGCCCAGCCCCGCUGCCAUCCCCAGGCCACAGUGCGUCCACCCUCCUGUCCUGCCACUUGCCUCUUGCAAAGCUCCUUGGAUGCGGAGGCGGAUGUCUUUACUAGAGCUGAAAGUCCCCCUCGACACAUCCAGGUCAGCCUCCCACGGGAUGCGUGGGCAAGCCAGGACUCCGGGAGCAAGGUGUAGCCGGGACGCACUGGCAGAGCUGCCAGUGGGGCCCUGGUGUCAGAACUCCCCAAAGGCCUGUGUGUCCAAGUGGAGCCGGGUUUUUUAUUCCUUUCCGUGUUUGCAAAUUCAGUGAUAACUAAAUAAAGGUUUUGUUUUUCA